AUGUCAAGUUCGAUUGGAUGCAUCCUGUUGCUGAUGCUUUGUGUUGUUCUUACGGUUUCAGUUCAUGCACAGCAACAAACAGGCUUUCUAAGCAUUGAUUGUGGUGGUCCAAAGAAUUUUGAGUACACAGAUGAUAUCACUAAAAUAAAGUACAACACAGAUGGAGCCUACAUACAAACAGGGGUUAACAAAAACAUCUCCUCGGAGUAUGCAUAUCCAAAGAAUCCUAAUCUGCCAUAUCCUCUCUCAGAUCUAAGAAGUUUUCCUCAGGGAAAUAGAAACUGUUACAGCUUAACAGCAGGAAGAAGAGGCAGUUUACAUUUGAUAAGGGCUUCCUUCUUGUAUGGAAACUACGAUGGGAAAAAUAAGCUGCCAGAAUUUGAUCUCUAUGUUGGUGUCAAUUUCUGGUCAUCAGUGAAAUUUAGAAAUGCUUCAGAGCAAGUUACAAUGGAAAUAAUAAAAAUGGCACAAUCAGAGGUGACAAAUGUUUGUCUUGUGAACAAGGGAGCAGGGAUUCCUUUUAUCUCAGCAUUGGAACUUAGACCCCUUAAUAGUUCCAUUUAUAAUACUGAGUUUGGAGAAUCUGCUUCAUUGAUACUUUUCAAGCGAUGGGACAUUGCAUCACUCAAUGGAAGUGGUAGAUAUGAAGAUGAUAUUUAUGAUAGAAUUUGGUCUCCCUAUAAUUCCUCUUCCUGGGAUUCUAUCAGCACUUCCUCAGCAAUAAAUGUCAAUGGUGAUGGCUAUAAAGCACCAUUUGAAGUCAUUAGGACUGUUGCUAUACCAAGGAACCAUAGUGAUCCUUUGGAGUUCUCCUGGACCCCAACUGAUACAAGUUCGAAAUUUUAUGUCUACUUGUACUUUGCUGAGGUGGAGAAACUUCAAAAAACACAACUGAGAAAGUUCAACAUAUCCUGGAAUGGAUCUCCAUUGUUUGAAUCCUUAGUACCGCUCUACUUGUAUGCAACCACUCUUUCUAAUUCAAAAUAUCUGGUGGCAAAUGAGCAUCAAAUUUCUAUACAAAAAACAGAAGAUUCAACCCUUCCACCCAUUCUUAACGCAGUUGAGAUUUAUGUAGUAAGACCAUUGGAUGCACUUCCAACGUUCAAACAAGAUGUUGAUGCUAUGAUGGACAUAAAAGAAAAUUAUAGAGUUCAAAGAAAUUGGGUGGGUGAUCCAUGUGAGCCAAAGAACUACUCUUGGGAGGGCUUAAAAUGCAACUAUAGCACUUCACUUCCUCCCCGGAUUAUAUCACUGAAUCUAAGCUCGAGCAGUUUGAGUGGAAUAAUAACUCCAACCAUUUCCAAUCUCUCUUUGUUGGAAUCUUUGGAUUUAUGUAACAAUAGCUUAACUGGACCAGUGCCUCAGUUUUUGGAAGAAUUGAGAUCCCUAAAAUAUUUGAACUUAAAGGGCAACCAAUUUUCAGGUUAUGUCCCUACCACUCUUCUAGAAAGAUCAAGGGCUGGAUUACUUACACUGAGGGUGGAUGAGAAAAAUGUCAAUGACUCAGAUACGAGUAACAAAAAGAAAAAAAAGAAUGCUGUUGUUCCCAUAGUUGCAUCGGUAUCAUCGAUUUUAGCUCUAUCGGUUAUUUUCAUUCUGUUUUGGAAGCUUAGAAGAAAUGGACAAACAGACAAGGAGAAGAAUGAGCUUAACAAAGGAGGAAGAACUAUAGCAUCAAAGAACUGGCAAUACACAUAUGCUGAGGUGUUGGAUAUCUCCAGCAACUUUGAAACAGUCAUUGGGAAAGGAGGAUUUGGAAUUGUAUACUACGGUAAGAUGAAAGAUGGAAAUCAAGUUGCAGUCAAGAUGCUUUCUCCAUCAUCAACUCAAGGGCCAAAGGAAUUUCAGACUGAGGCUGAGCUCUUGAUGACAGUUCAUCACAAAAAUCUGGUAUCCUUUGUUGGUUACUGUGAUGACGAUAACAAGAUGGCACUCAUAUAUGAGUAUAUGGCCAAUGGUAAUCUUAAAGAUAAUCUCUCAGAUAGAAAUCCACACUGCUUGAGUUGGGACAGAAGACUUCAGAUAGCAAUUGACGCCGCAGAGGGAUUGGAUUACUUACACCACGGAUGCAAGCCACCUAUAAUACACAGGGAUGUGAAGUCAGCCAACAUUUUGAUAAAUCAAAACUUAGAAGCCAAGAUAGCAGACUUUGGCCUCUCCAAAGUAUUUAAGAAUGAUAACCGAAAUGUAGAAACUGAAGUGAUUCAUAAUAAUGAUAGAAACACAGGAUCUGCAGUUAUGGGUACGACAGGGUACCUUGAUCCAGAGUACUACAGAUCAGGGAACUUGAAUGAGAAAAGUGACACCUAUAGUUUUGGAGUCGUACUAUUGGAACUAAUCACAGGUCGACCUGCAGUAUUAAAAGGAAAGCCAAUGAUGCACAUACUUGAGUGGGUAAGACCUGAGCUUGAAAGAGGGGACUUGAGCAAAAUUUUAGAUCCAAGGCUGGAAAGAAAAUUUGAUGCAAGUUCUGCAUGGAAAGCUAUAAGAAUAGCAAUGGCAUGCACUGCAUCAACCUCCAUUCAAAGACCUACAAUGAGUGUCGUGUUAGCUGAGUUAAAACAGUGUUUUAAAAUGGAGUCGCCUAAUUAUAGUGAAAAUUUUGUGACCCCAUAUCAGAUUUCUAGCGAUUUUUACAGUUCAUCUCAAGCAUAUUCCUUGGAUAGUGAAUCUAUCACCGAUCCUUCCCCAAGAUAA